CUACCUCCGGCAUCCCCUGGUAUCUUCCUCCACCGCCCUCUUCCGCCACCACGUUCAACGACCAAAUACGUAGAUAUAUAUAUAUUCUGCCAUCUUAAGUUGAAUAAUGGCUUUGCAAGUUCAGGUAUGUAGGACAGCUCCAACAAUGGCGGCUCAUUAUAGCAGUAAUUCACUGCUGGGGUCCACCAAGCAGUCCAUGGUCUCCGUCGCAGGUGGUCGGGCCGCCUUGGCUAGUGGGAGCUCCAGGAGAGUGCGCUUGAAGGCGAAGGCUAGCUUGGAUACGACGGCGACGGCCGCCGUGGGUCAGGUGACCGAAGUGAACAAGGAUACCUUCUGGCCCAUUGUGAAAGCUGCUGGGGAAAAGGCUGUCGUCGUCGAUAUGUACACUCAAUGGUGUGGUCCCUGCAAGAUAAUAGCUCCAAAGUUUCAGGAAUUGUCUGAGAAGUAUCAUGACGUUGUCUUUCUAAAGCUGGAUUGCAACCAGGACAACAAGCCAUUGGCAAAGGAGCUAGGCAUAAAAGUGGUUCCUACCUUUAAGAUUCUCAAGGAUAACAAGAUUGUCAAAGAAGUCACUGGGGCUAAAUUUGAUGAAUUGGUGGCAGCAGUUGAUACUGUCAGAUCAAGUUAAUAUUCUUUCCCAUCAUACAACCUGUUCAUAUUGUAAUGGAUAAUCUCCCUUAAAUCUGAGAUCCAGCCAACACUCUGCCAUUAAUGUCUUAGGGUAACUUAAUUAUGUUGUAUUGGAUCAUAUUGGAGGGUAGAAUGAUAUACUUGUUACAUGAACUCCUUGAUAGUUAAAGGCUGAAUGAGUAAAAGAUCUAUGUACUUUGCACCUGUCUUAUUACAAGACCACAGUGAUGGUUGCACAUUGGUGUCUUGUCAGCAUUUACGGUGGUAAGUUCAUGAAGUUUUCAGGCUU